AUGUUCCACCAGCUGACGGAUGAAACAGCGAAUGGCAGCUGCCAGGGACCAACCUCACUGUGCAAUAAGAGCGCUGAUGGAGACGCGCUCCAGCUGCCCACUUUCUCCACCGCAGCCAAAGUCAGAGUCAUCAUCACCUUCACCCUGUGCGCAGUGUCGGCUGUGUGCAAUUUAGUGGUGCUUUGGGCAGCCAGCAACGGCGGCAAGCGCAAGUCACACGUCAGGAUCCUCAUAAUGAACCUGACUGUGGCGGACCUGCUGGUGACUUUCAUCGUGAUGCCCGUGGACGCGGUGUGGAACAUCACGGUACAGUGGCAGGCGGGGGACGUCGCCUGCAGGCUGCUGAUGUUCCUGAAACUGGUGGCGAUGUACUCCUGUGCUUUUGUAACUGUGGUCAUUAGCUUGGAUAGACAGUCUGCCAUCCUCAAUCCGCUGGGCAUCAGCGAGGCCAAGAGGAAAAGCAAAAUCAUGCUGACUGUGGCGUGGACGAUGAGUGUGAUCCUCUCACUCCCUCAGAUGUUCAUAUUUCACAAUGUGACCAUCACAGUCCCGGAGAACUUCACCCAGUGCACCACCCAUGGCAGUUUUGUCCAGCACUGGCAGGAGACCCUCUACAACAUGUUCACCUUUGUGUGCCUCUUCCUCCUGCCUUUGGUCAUCAUGAUCUUCUGCUACACGCGAAUCCUUGUCGAGAUAUCCAGCCGCAUGGCCCGGAAUAACUUGCUAUCAAGAGAUGUGCAUCUCCGCCGCUCCCACAACAACAUCCCCAAAGCUCGGAUGAGGACUCUUAAGAUGAGCAUCGUCAUUGUGACGUCAUUCAUCAUCUGCUGGACGCCGUACUACCUGCUCGGCCUGUGGUACUGGUUGUUCCCUGAAAAGAUGGAGGAGACGGUCUCUCAUUCACUCACGCAUAUGCUGUUUAUCUUCGGCCUCUUCAACGCCUGUCUAGAUCCCAUCACUUAUGGUUUGUUCACCAUUCACCUUCACCAGGGUCUUAAGAGAUGCUGCCGCAGAGCAAACACACGGACUGAAUUAGAAAACAACACUUGCCUUAUGCACAUGACUCGUCUCUCGUCUCACAGGCGGGUUGCCUCAGGUAGCCACAAUAGAGAUGGAGAGGAGGGAAACGACAGCACGAAAAGUCCGUCAAAGGCAAUCAUCCCAGUGAGCAAGAUGUAA